CAAGCAUUCGCUUUUGCAUAGAAAAUGGCGCCAAAAUCGCUGGCAGAGCAGAUUGCUGAUUUGGAGGAUCUUACACCACGAGACUUUGAUCCUGAGGAUAUCGAGCGCGGCGGAAAUUCUAGCGAUGAAGAGGAAGUCGAGAAGGAUGCCAGUGCUGGUAGAGAGCACUACCAAGCUGUUGGGAAAGCAAAACUUCGCAACGAGGAACCCGUCUCGUUAGGGAAACAAUACGCCGGUUCGCGAGUUAGCCGCGAUGCUCUUGAAGAAGAGAGCGAUGACGAUCCGUUCAAAAAGCGCUCAGAUGACGAAGAUAGCGAAGAUGAUGACGAUGUAAGCGACGACGAGGACAUUUCCGAAGAAAGUGAAGAGGAGAGGCCGCGCAAACCCAAGGCUGUCAGCAAAAAGGGUCGCAUGGUUGAGGAUGACAUAGACAUGGACGGGUCAGAAGAUAGUGAGGAGGAUGAGGAAGGAUUUGACGAAGAGUCCGAUGAAGACGAGGAUGACGAAGACGAAGAUGAAGAAGAGGAAGAGGAUGACGAGGAAACUGCAAAGCCACCCAAACGCCGAGUGCAGUUCGACGACGCCAAAUCUGACGACCGCGAAGAACUUCGCCAGCUAAUGGCCACGGACCAAAAGACCAUAGCAGCCUCCAUCUCCCAAGCCGCCAAAGCGGACGCAAUCAAAGGCCGAGCCGUCAAACAACAACGCUCAGCAUUCGACGCUCUCCUCAACGCCCGCAUUAAGCUCCAAAAGGGCCUCACGGCAACCAACCAACUAACAGCCACGCAGCCCGAUGUCGACGCUGACGCGGACGCCUUCAAAUCCGCUGAAUCUGCCGCUCUCACCCUCUGGUCCACCCUCGAAGACCUCCGCCUCACCCUCGUCGACGCCCAAACCACAGACGAGUCCAAGAAGCGCAAGCGUCCCUCCCCCGCAACACCAAGCACCCCAACCUCCUCCCUCUGGAAACGCAUGGCAGACCUAGAGUCCGACUCCCUCACGCACCGCCGGGCAAUCCUGGACAAAUGGUCCCUCAAAGUCCGCGGCGCAAACGCCACAACCCUCGCAAACUCCAAGACGAAGCUCCUCGGCUCCGAAGCCGGGAAGCAGCAAACCAUCACCGCCGUUCUAGACGCCCACGUUGCAUCCGAGACCGCGGAUCUCCGCAGCGCUAAGCGCGCGCGCACGGCCACUACAAAUGGCGCAGCACCUGAACAAGAACAAGGCGACAUCUACGACGACAGCGUCUUCUACCAGUCCCUUCUCCGUGAACUCGUCGAGCAGCGAAUGUCUUCCUCGGACGCUAUCACGAACGGCCUGGACACGCUGCACCUCCUCCCCUCGCGCAAUGUGCACCAUGUGACGGGCAUGCGCAAGGAUAAAGUCAAGCGGGACGUGGACACGCGCGCGUCCAAGGGACGCAAGAUGCGCUUCGAUGUGCAUGAGAAACUGCAAAAUUUCAUGGCGCCUGAGGAGCGGGGAUCAUGGACGAGAAAUGCAAGAGAUGAGUUCUUUGCUAGUCUUUUGGGACGCACGGCGAGUGGGAUGCUAGGGGAGGGAAGUGAGGAUGAGGAGGACGUGGGUAUGGUUGGGCGAGGUGGGGCUGAUGAAGAGAGUGAGGAUGAUGUUGAGGGUGGAUUGAGGCUUUUCAGGAGCUGAAUAAGUGCCUGUUUCGUGCUGAGAUGGGUUGAUUGAAUUGGACUGGAACUAGAUUUAAAAGUACAUAGCACCGAAGUAUAGAGCAAGCAAGCAUUGUAUCAGCGCAAUUCCUGCAUUUGAGUGGUUAGGUU